AUGGCCAAGCUUCGCGAUGGUUCAGGCCUUGUGGACAACAGAACAUUUCGCCAGGUUGUUGAGUUCGUGCAUGAUCGAGUGCGAGUGGGCAGCACGCCACGGCACAUAGCCAACACGAUUUGGAGAUGUGCUCGACUGGCGCACAAGUCGACAGCUCUGAUUGAGGAUACCGGCCGAGUUGUCAUCGCACGACUAAGCGAGCUCAAGCCACAAGAGCUGGCCAGCACCGUGUGGGGGCAGGCUCGCGCGUUAUUCAUUCUUAUUGUCACAAUAUGUCACAAUCGUGUUUCGUGUUGCUUGAGUGCAUUCUAG